AUGGAUUCAAGGCAAUGUGACAAGCUCAAGUCAAGGCAAUGUGACAUAAGAACUCUCAAGUCAAGGCAAUGUGACAAGCUCAAGUCAAGGCAAUGUGACACGCUCAAGUCAAGGCAAUGUGACACGCUCAAGUCAAGGCAAUGUGACACGCUCAAGUCAAGGCAAUGUGACACGCUCAAGUCAAGGCAAUGUGACAAGCUCAAGUCAAGGCAAUGUGACAAGCUAAAGUCAAGGCAAUGUGACACGCUCAAGUCAAGGCAAUGUGACAUAAGAACGCUCAAGUCAAGGCAAUGUGACACGCUCAAGUCAAGGCAAUGUGACACGCUCAAGUCAAGGCAAUGUGACACGCUCAAGUCAAGGCAAUGUGACACGCUCAAGUCAAGGCAAUGUGACACGCUCAAGUCAAGGCAAUGUGACAUAAGAACGCUCAAGUCAAGGCAAUGUGACAAGCUCAAGUCAAGGCAAUGUGACACGCUCAAGUCAAGGCAAUGUGACACGCUCAAGUCAAGGCAAUGUGACACGCUCAAGUCAAGGCAAUGUGACAAGCUCAAGUCAAGGCAAUGUGACACGCUCAAGUCAAGGCAACGUGACACGCUCAAGUCAAGGCAAUGUGACACGCUCAAGUCAAGGCAAUGUGACAAGCUCAAGUCAAGGCAAUGUGACAUAAGAACUCUCAAGUCAAGGCAAUGUGACAAGCUCAAGUCAAGGCAAUGUGACAAGCUCAAGUCAAGGCAAUGUGACAUAAGAACUCUCAAGUCAAGGCAAUGUGACAUAAGAACUCUCAAGUCAAGGCAAUGUGACAUAAGAACUCUCAAGUCAAGGCAAUGUGACAUAAGAACUCUCAAGUCAAGGCAAUGUGACACGCUCAAGUCAAGGCAAUGUGACAUAAGAACUCUCAAGUCAAGGCAAUGUGACAAGCUCAAGUCAAGGCAAUGUGACAUAAGAACGCUCAAGUCAAGGCAAUGUGACAUAAGAACUCUCAAGUCAAGGCAAUGUGACAUAAGAACUCUCAAGUCAAGGCAAUGUGACAUAAGAACGCUCAAGUCAAGGCAAUGUGACACGCUCAAGUCAAGGCAAUGUGACAUAAGAACUCUCAAGUCAAGGCAAUGUGACACGCUCAAGUCAAGGCAAUGUGACAAGCUCAAGUCAAGGCAAUGUGACAAGCUCAAGUCAAGGCAAUGUGACAAGCUCAAGUCAAGGCAAUGUGACAAGCUCAAGUCAAGGCAAUGUGACAAGCUCAAGUCAAGGCAAUGUGACAAGCUCAAGUCAAGGCAAUGUGACACGCUCAAGUCAAGGCAAUGUGACACGCUCAAGUCAAGGCAAUGUGACACGCUCAAGUCAAGGCAAUGUGACAUAAGAACGCUCAAGUCAAGGCAAUGUGACACGCUCAAGUCAAGGCAAUGUGACAUAAGAACUCUCAAGUCAAGGCAAUGUGACACGCUCAAGUCAAGGCAAUGUGACAAGCUCAAGUCAAGGCAAUGUGACACGCUCAAGUCAAGGCAAUGUGACAAGCUCAAGUCAAGGCAAUGUGACAAGCUCAAGUCAAGGCAAUGUGACAAGCUCAAGUCAAGGCAAUGUGAUAAGCUCAAGUCAAGGCAAUGUGACAAGCUCAAGUCAAGGCAAUGUGACAAGCUCAAGUCAAGGCAAUGUGACACGCUCAAGUCAAGGCAAUGUGACACUCUCAAGUCAAGGCAAUGUGACAAGCUCAAGUCAAGGCAAUGUGACACGCUCAAGUCAAGGCAAUGUGACACGCUCAAGUCAAGGCAAUGUGAUAAGCUCAAGUCAAGGCAAUGUGACAAGCUCAAGUCAAGGCAAUGUGACACGCUCAAGUCAAGGGAAUGUGACACGCUCAAGUCAAGGCAAUGUGACACUCUCAAGUCAAGGCAAUGUGACAAGCUCAAGUCAAGGCAAUGUGACACGCUCAAGUCAAGGCAAUGUGACACGCUCAAGUCAAGGCAAUGUGACACGCUCAAGUCAAGGCAAUGUGACACGCUCAAGUCAAGGCAAUGUGACACGCUCAAGUCAAGGCAAUGUGACACGCUCAAGUCAAGGCAAUGUGACAAGCUCAAGUCAAGGCAAUGUGACAAGCUCAAGUCAAGGCAAUGUGAAACGCUCAAGUCAAGGCAAUGUGACAAGCUCAAGUCAAGGCAAUGUGACACGCUCAAGUCAAGGCAAUGUGACAUAAGAACGCUCAAGUCAAGGCAAUGUGACACGCUCAAGUCAAGGCAAUGUGACACGCUCAAGUCAAGGCAAUGUGACACGCUCAAGUCAAGGCAAUGUGACACGCUCAAGUCAAGGCAAUGUGACACGCUCAAGUCAAGGCAAUGUGACAUAAGAACGCUCAAGUCAAGUCAAUGUGACAAGCUCAAGUCAAGGCAAUGUGACACGCUCAAGUCAAGGCAAUGUGACACGCUCAAGUCAAGGCAAUGUGACAAGCUCAAGUCAAGGCAAUGUGACACGCUCAAGUCAAGGCAAUGUGACAAGCUCAAGUCAAGGCAAUGUGACAAGCUCAAGUCAAGGCAAUGUGACAAGCUCAAGUCAAGGCAAUGUGACAUAAGAACGCUCAAGUCAUGGCAAUGUGACAUAAGAACGCUCAAGUCAAGGCAAUGUGACAUAAGAACGCUCAAGUCAAGGCAAUGUGACAAGCUCAAGUCAAGGCAAUGUGACAUAAGAACGCUCAAGUCAAGGCAAUGUGAAAAGCUCAAGUCAAGGCAAUGUGACAAGCUCAUGUCAAGGCAAUGUGACAUAAGAACGCUCAAGUCAAGGCAAUGUGACAAGCUCAAGUCAAGGCAAUGUGACAAGCUCAAGUCAAGGCAAUGUGACACGCUCAAGUCAAGGCAAUGUGACAAGCUCAAGUCAAGGCAAUGUGACAAGCUCAAGUCAGGGCAAUGUGACAUAAGAACGCUCAAGUCAAGGCAAUGUGACAAUCUCAAGUCAAGGCAAUGUGACAUAAGAACGCUCAAGUCAAGGCAAUGUGAAAAUGCAAAUUAA